UGGCGCCAAGCUCGCGCGCGCCAAUCUCCCGCCUUCUUCUCCCUCCCUCUAUUUCCCCACCCCAUCCUCGCCUCCCAAUCCCAAUCCGUCCCUACCCCAGCUCAGCUCAGCCCAGCUGCCCCUCCCCUCCUCCCCACUCCCCAGCGCCAGAUCUCCCGCCAUGGCCUCCGACGCCCCCGCCCCCGCCGCCGCGCAGCCCAAGCGCCGCGGCAGCUAUAACUGCGGCCGAUGCGGGCUACCCAAGAAGGGCCACGUCUGCACCGUCCCCAGGCUGGCCGCCGCCGGGGGCGGCGACAAGGCGGGGGAGCAGCAGCCGCCGCCACCCCCGCCGCAGACCAAGCCGCGGCGCGCGCUGCAGUUCGACGACCCGCCGGCCGCGUCGGACGUGUUGCUGGACGCCGUGCCGCUGGCGGCCGCGGCGCCGGGGAAGAAGGCGAGGGUGGAGGCCGUGGACGUGGAGGAGGAGGAGGAUGGCGGCGGCGACUACGACCCGCCGCCGCUGGAUUGGUGGGUCGAGGCGGGCGCGGGGCGGCGGGCGCCCGGGGAGGUGCUGGUGGAGGUGCUGCGGCGCAUGCCCCCGCGCGCCGUGGCGGCCGCGGCCGGUGUCAGCCGCGGCUGGCGCGAAUGCGCGCGCCGCGUCUGGAGGGCCGCCGAGGAGGUCCGCCUCCGCGCCGCCGGGGUCGGGCCCGUCGGCGCGCUCAUGGCGCGGUGCCCCGCGCUCGCCAGGCUCGUGCUCCGCAUGGACAGUGAUGUUGAUGCCACAAUGCUGGCAUGCAUUGCAUUUUCCUGCCCCAAUUUACAGUCCCUGGAUAUCAGCAUGGCCAAUAGCGCGGUCAACAGGAUAACUGGGGAUGAGCUAUCUAGGUUUGUUUCAGAGAAGCGAUCUCUGUCAGUUCUUAAACUAGAUGGCUGCAGCAGCCUUGGUUUUCUCAACAUCAGCUCUUCAAGCCUCUCAACACUUUGGAUGUCAGGUCUUUGUUCCCUUACCAAGGCGGUCAUGAACUGCCCAAAUCUGACCGAGCUAUCACUGGACUUCCCCAAACAGAAUAACGAUUCCACCGACCUGGCUGCUCUAAUUGAUAGUCUGGGCCGCACGUGCCCAAACUUGAGAAACAUGCACGUCUCGUCGAUCCGCUUAUGCAACGAAGCCGUGUUUGCUCUAGAAAGCGCCAAUCUCAGGGGCCUAUGCAUGCUGUCUUUGGUUCUAGGUUCAAAAAUAACAGAUGCAGCUGUUGCAUCUAUUGUUCGUUCAUACUCAAGCUUGGAGCUGCUUGAUUUAAGUGGAUCUGGCAUUACCGACAACGGGCUUGGGAUGAUCAGCAAAGCAUUCCCUGACACCCUAACACGCCUGCUCCUGGCUCUGUGCCCCAACAUCACGUCGUCUGGUGUCCAGGUGGCUGCAGCACAGUUGCCGCUCCUCCGUCUCAUGGACUGCGGCAACAGCAUAUGCGCCAACCCCCAGCCUGAAGCUGGGAGAUCCUACUUCGGCGACCUGACCGGCGGGAUCAAGUUCUGCUCUAAGUUACCUGUCCAGAAGAAGCAGCAGCAGCAGCAGGCUGCCUGCCAGAAGCUGAUCAUAAAGCACGGCGCCCUGAAGAAGCUCAGCCUGUGGGGCUGUUCAGCGAUCGACGCCUUGUACGUGAACUGCCCGGAGCUGGUCGAUCUGAACCUCAACGCGUGCACGAACCUUCAUCCAGAGCGGCUGCUGAUCCAGUGCCCCAAGCUGAAGGACGUGCACGUCAGCGGGUGCCGCGACAUGCUGAUCGGCGCCGUCAGGAACCAGGUCCUGAACGAGUUCGCGGCCGCCGAGCCCCGGCUGCCCUGCAAGCGGCUGGCCGACGGGUCGAAGCGCGUGCACGUGCCCCACUUCAUGAUCGAGCAGCUGGAGGAGCAGGAGAAAUGGGGCGGGCCGCGGAAGAGCCAGUGCACCGUCCACCUCACAUAGGCAGAUAGGCUAGGCCGGCCGCUGGGCGCUGGCGAGUGCUACUGCUGGCCUGUGAAGUGAGGCCCUGGUAGUCGGCGGCGCCCGCGUCCUCGCCGUCGAGGAGCUGCUGCGGCGUCGAUUCAGCGAGCCUCUAGACCCCCCUGUAUGUUCCAUCCAGACUAGAGUGCCAUGAUCCUUCUGUUCAUGCUGUGUGUGUGUGUGUUUAAUCUGUGGAGUCUGUAGGAUAAUAACGGGGUGCAAUGCAAACGUGCCCGACUCCUGUACUUUGAAACCGUAUUUUGCUCUUGUUCAUCUAGGACAAUAAUUGCCUUCGGUUUUCCCCAGAUUACUUU